AUGGCAUCCGAAACCCACAAUGUUAAAAAACGCAACUUUUGUAAUAAUAUUGAGGAUCAUUUCUCUGAUCUUCCUAGAAAAAGGAUCUCUAAUUUCACUAAUAAGAACAUGAAGGAGGUUAAGAAAUCUCCAAAACAGUUGGCUGCUUACGUAACUAGAACAGUUGGACAAGCUGUGAAAAGCCCAGAUAAACUAUGUAAGGUGAUCUAUCGUAGAAAGAAAGUUCAUCAUCCUUUUCAAAAUCCUUGUUACAGAAAAAAACAGUCCCCUAAAAGUGGGGGCUGUGAUAUGGCAAAUAAAGAAAAUGAACUGGCUUGUACAGGCCACCUUUCUGAAAAAUUACGGCAUAAUAGUCGAACAUAUUUGGUUAACUCCAGUGAUUCUGGUUCUUCCCAGACAGAAAGCCCAUCAUCAGAAUAUAGUGGGUUUUUUUCUGAGCUUUCUCAGGACCAUACAAUAAUGGCACAGGUUUUGUUCAGCAGGAAUUUGAGAUUGAAUGUAGCUUUAACUUUCUGGAGAAAGAGAAGUAUAAGUGAACUUGUAGCUUAUUUGGUGAGGAUAGAAGACCUUGGAGUUGUGGUGGAUUGCCUUCCUGUGCUCACGAAUAGUUUACAGGAAGAAAAACAAUACAUCUCACUCGGCUGCUGUGUAGACUUGUUGCCUCUAGUCAAGUCACUACUUAAAAGCACAUUUGAAGAGUAUAUAAUAGUUGGUUUAAGCUGGCUUCAAGCAGUCAUAAAAAGGUGGUGGUCAGAACCAUCAUCCAAAACAGAAAUUAUAAGUGAUGGAAAUAUUCAGAUUUUAAAACAAUUAAGUGGAUUGUGGGAACAGGAAAACCAUCUUACUUUGGUUCCAGGAUAUACUGGUAAUAUAGCCAAGGAUGUAGACGCUUAUUUAUUACAGUUGCAUUGA